AUGGAAUUUGCAUCACCUUGCUCGUCCGUCACUGGAGGAGGGAGAAGUAGUAGUUACGGUGGUGGUAGUAUCAUUCAAAACAAUACUCAAAUGAAAUUGGGGCCAAACAGCAACACCAAAACAACAUCAUCGCUUCUUCAUAAAAUUUCAUCGGGAAUGAACAACCGCUCUCCGCUUAAUAACGGCCGUGUACUUCAUUCAGUGUAUGGAACACCCUAUUCUUCAUGUGGUGGUAUUGAUGAUGAUGAAUUGUGUUCUCCUCAAAUACCAAUGUCUUCGGAAAAGAAGAAGGCAUCAGUCUUUUCGCCAAAGAUGACCACCUAUUCGUUGGAUAAAGAAAAUAAGCCUCCAUCCAAAAUCGACUCAACUCUGUCAAACGAAAAAGGAAAGUUGGAUUAUGAAAUUGCAUGGAGAGAUGAAAAGAUUAGAUUGUUAGAACAAGAGAGGAUUAAUCUAAAUUCUAAAAUGGAGGACUAUGCUAAACAAAAUUUAAAUCUUCGAGAAGAAUUACGAAAAGCUCAAUCAAACACGUCAAAUCCAGCCAAUGAACUGAUGCAAAUGCGACAUGAAAGAGACUCCAUUCAAGAAUACGCAGAACAAAUAAGGCAACAAAAACAAAAUUUGCAAGAACAGCUUAAUUUGAUAAAGCAAGGAAAUAGUAAUAUCGAGAAAGAGUUCGAACGACGAGGGCAGGUGAUCCAAAUACAAGAAAACCAAAUCAAGGAACUCUCCACUCAGCUAGAGUAUUAUCGAACUCUAUCAGAACAGCUUCAAUUGGAUAAGGAGAAAAUGCAACAAGACAUGAUUGAAGCACAAACCAAUUUACAAACCAAGAUUGCUGAAUAUGAUGAGCUCAAUGGAGUGCAGGAAGAAUUGUUGAGAGCCAUAACUGAGGAGAAAAAGAAAGCAACCGAUCUGAUAAAGGCACAAGCGAGUGACAAGACACAAAUUGAAAAACUCAAAAAGGAAAAUGAACGAUUAGAACUCUUAGUUGACAAGUUGCAGUCAGAUAUGAAAAGAGACCACCAAGAAAUAUAUAAUCAAAAGAUUCUUUUCAACUCAACUAUUGAAGAAACUCAAAGGAAAUUGCAAGAUGAUAUUACAAAAUUAACCAAGUUGUACGACGAAGCUCGAAGAGAGAUUGAGGAAAAGGAUAAUAUGCUCUCUGCACAGCAACAAGCAAGCCAACAAAAAAUCUUAUCCUUAACAGAUCAAUUAAGGGAGCAAAUGGAUAAGUACGAACGAAACCUUACACUGUUAAAACAAGAGGAAAGUAACGAGAAAAAGCGACAUGCUGCUCAAAUUUCAAAACUCAAAAAGGAACUAAACUCCAGUAUGGAGAUGAUCAAAAUGUUGAAGGAAGCAAACAAAAAUUUGGAAGAUAAUUUCAAUCAACAUCAAAAAAUCAUUACUGCGUUGGAAGAACGGUUGGAAAAGGAAAAACAAGAGAAAGAAGAACUCUCCGAGAAUUUGGAUAUUCUCAAAAACAAACUUCCAAAAAUGUUGCACCUGCUUGAGGAGUAA